AUGGUCCCCCCAGACUACGGAGCCUAUGCCCAAGUCAUCGUUGAUGAGGGCGUGAAAAUUGUCGAGACCGCUGGCAAUAACCCUGGCCCUAUCAUUGCGCAGUUGAAGAAGGCAGGUAUAACUGUCCUGCACAAGUGCACAACCAUCCGACACGCCAAGUCCGCCGUGAAGCUAGGUGUGGACUUCCUGUCCAUUGAUGGAUUUGAAUGUGCCGGUCAUGUCGGUGAGCAUAUAACCAACUUCGUCCUCUUGAGUCGUGCGCGCCAGGAACUAGGCGUUCCGUUCAUUGCCUCCGGUGGAUUCGCCGAUGGACAUGAUCUAGCCGCAGCGUUGGCUCUUGGUGCGGAGGGAAUCAACAUGGGCACCCGGUUCAUGAGCACCAUGGAAGCUCCAAUUCAUCAAAAUGUGAAGGAGGCCAUCAUCAAUGCACAACAGAUCGACACCGCCCUAGUUCUCCCCCGAUGGGGUAAUACCUCUCGUCUCUUCCCUAACAAGGUCCCUCAGGAGGCAUUGGAAGUCAAAAAGAACAUCAAGUCUGGUGACUUCAGCGAAAUCGCUCCGUACGUCAGCGGCAAGCGUGGGCGCCAGGUCUUCCUGAACGGCGACGUUGAAUUUGGUGUAUGGUAUGCUGGUCAAGUGAUUGGAAUGAUCCAUGAUAUUCCGACCUGUGCCGAGCUGCUUAGUCGUAUAGAGAAUGAGGCGCUCGAGGCCAUGAAACGGACCCAGUCCCUGUAUCUUGUCACCCCCGCUAGCAGGCUUUGA